AUGGACCCACGAAUUGUUAGCUUGCUUUGUCCUAUGGUAUAUUCUGCAUUUUUUAUGCAGUGCUAUGGCAGUGAGAAGAAAGUUCACAUUGUGUACAUGGGAGACCUGCCUCGGGGAGAUUUUGCUGCUGAAAAAACUCACCACUCCAUGCUAGAAACUGUACUUGGAAGUACUUCUUCAGCCAAAGAGUCAUUGAUCUAUAGUUACGGGAGGAGUUUCAAUGGUUUUGCAGCUAAGUUAUCUGAUGAAGAAGUUGAAAAAAUCUCAGAAAUGGAUGGUGUCGUAUCAGUGAUGCCAAACCACAUUCUAAAGAUUCAUACAACAAGGUCAUGGGAGUUCAUGGGUUUCUCCAAAGGCAAACUUUCCGGUUCUCAAGAAGGGAAUGUCAUUAUCGGUCUUCUAGAUACAGGAGUCUGGCCAGAAUCUGAGAGCUUUGUCGAUACGGACAUGGGUCCUCCACCAGCCAAAUGGAAAGGAAUAUGCCAAGGAAAUGGCAACUUCACUUGUAACAACAAGAUCAUUGGAGCAAGGUAUUACAACAGUGAGGAUUGGUAUUUUGAGACUGACUUCAAAUCUCCAAGAGAUUCUGAAGGACACGGAACGCACACAGCCUCAACUGCAGCCGGCCAAGAGGUGCAAGGAGCAAGUUACUUUGGGUUAGCUGAGGGAGUAGCAAGAGGUGGAGUUCCACAUGCAAGAAUUGCAGUUUACAAAGUGUGUUGGUCAUUUGGAUGUUCUAGUGCUGAUAUUCUUGCAGCAUUUGAUGAUGCUAUAGCUGAUGGUGUUGAUAUUCUAUCAGUAUCUCUUGGUGCUCCUUGGGCUUUCCCAUAUGUGGAAGAUCCAAUUGCAAUUGGUUCUUUCCAUGCCAUGAGAUAUGGUAUACUAACCUCUAAUUCUGCUGGAAACUCUGGUCCACAUCCUUACUCGGUAUCCAAUUCUGCACCUUGGACUUUGACCGUUGCUGCUAGUACUAUUGAUAGGAAAUUUAUUGCACAAGUUGUGCUCGGCAAUGGACAAGUAUUCAAUGGGCUCUCCGUUAACAAUUUUGUGCUUAAUGGGACAUAUCCAUUGAUUUGGGGAGGAGAUGCGGCAAAUUAUUCUGCAGGUGCUGAUCCUGACAUUGCAAAAUUUUGUGUAACUGGUGCAUUGAAUUCUUAUAUAGCAUCAGGAAAGAUAGUUUUUUGUGAAACCAUUUGGGAUGGUAGUGGCGUUUUAUGGGCUAAUGGUGUGGGUGCUAUUAUGGCGGAUGCUGAGUAUAGCAAAGAUUUUGCCUUUAGUUAUGCUUUACCUGCAACCGUAAUCUCCCCAGAAGAUGGUCAACAAAUUUUGGAUUACAUCAGAACAACAAAAUCUCCAAUUGCAACUAUUUUGGUUAGUGAGACUUAUUUGAAGGAUUUGGCAGCACCUUCUGUUGUGUCAUUCUCUUCUAGAGGACCCAACCCAAUUAGUCCUGAUGUUCUCAAGCCUGAUUUGACUGCCCCCGGUGUGGACAUUCUUGCUGCCUGGUCGCCCGUGUCACCACCUUCUAUCACCUGGACAGACAGCAGAAGUGUAAACUUCAACAUAAUCUCAGGCACAUCCAUGUCAUGCCCGCAUGCUAGUGCUGCUGCCGCUUAUGUCAAGGCUGCUCAUCCCGAUUGGUCUCCUGCAGCCGUUAAAUCCGCUCUUAUGACAACAGCUACUAUCAUCGACUCGAGGAAGCACCCAGAACUCGAAUUCGCAUAUGGGUCUGGUCAAAUUAAUCCACAGGCAGCCACAGACCCAGGACUUGUUUAUGAUGCAGCUGAAGCAGAUUACAUUAACUUCCUCUGCAAGCAAGGUUAUAACACUACCACUCUAAGACUAAUCACAGGUGAUAACAGCAGUGUUUGCAGCAGCACAUUGCUUGGAAGAGCUUGGGAUCUUAACUACCCAACUUUUGCACUUGCAAUUGAAGAUGGGCAGCCCAUUCAGGGAGUGUUUACAAGAAGAGUUACAAAUGUUGGGAAACCUAAUUCAACUUACACUGUCAGCAUGUACUUGCCAAGUCUUCUUAGUGUGACAAUAGAGCCCUCUGUCUUGUCAUUCUCUGCCAUUGGAGAAACUAAGACAUUUACAGUUAAGGUUUCUGGACCAAAGAUUGCACAACAGCCAAUCAGUUCAGGUGCAAUAAUAUGGAAUUACGGAAAUUAUAUGGUGAGAAGUCCACUAGUUGUUUACAAUAUACUUCCUGGUGCUACUUAUUCUUCUCCAUCCUCCACGACCAGGCUGCAGAAAACACCCAAAUUUGAAGGUUCUUCUAUUUAUCACAAGAAUGGCAUUCUUGGAGCCAACUAAUUAAACAGGAAAUAGGAGUCCUUGUAAUUUCUG